AUGGCCUCGUCUCCCUCGGGGACAAGGGGCCAUUCAACUACAACCUGGGCAACCUACAGCAGGACCCGCCUCCCGUGGCGGAGCACUUUUACAAUAAACCCCCCCUCCCCCGUUGUCAUCGAGCUCGACGUCCACGACACCCUAACAGACACCACCAGACCCCAUCGCAACCCAAAUCACGUCCUCCGUUCUGGGCCCCGUCCGAAACUCACCUUCCUUUCCGCCAACUCCUCCAUGCCGCCUCUGCCCUCCUCCCCGCCCCAACGCCAACCCGUCCACUCGGACGCCGACUUCGCCCACCCCGCGCACCCCUUCGCGCUCGUGACCAACAUCCCGCUCGUGACAAUGACGCCCGCCAACGGCUCGACGGAGCUCUGGCUCGGCACGCACACCGCAGACGUCUCGGCGCAGGAAGGCGCCCACGGCGACCGCGCCAGCGGGCGCAUCCGCGAGCCCCUCCUGGCCGCGCGGGCGGCGGUCCGCGGGCCCUCCCAGCCCACGGUCCGCAAGGGGAGCAUCGUCCUCCGCGACCUGCGGCUCUGGCACGCCGGCAUGCCCAACUCGACGGCCGAUGUGCGCGUGAUGCUCGCCAUGAUCCGCUUUGCGUCGUGGUACCGCAACCCCAUGCGGCUGCGGCUCGCCGAGGACGUGAGGCCGCUCCUCGAGGCGGUCGACGGUCGGCUCGAGGUCCCCGUGGACUGGAUCAGCCGCGAAGAGGCGCUGCGGACAUACCUGGGGAGGGGGUUCGGCAACAGCUACGACUUUGACCAGGAGCAGUGA